CUAAACGUUUUAUCCUGGAACAUGAAGGGAUGAAGUCUAAUGGAAUGGUCAACAUGGCCGCCGUGCAGACGAAAAACAUGUUGGGACACAAGAAGCGAGCUUUUGUAAACGUUUCGUACGGCUCAGAGGAGGAUUCUGGCAGUGAGGCUGACGCAAGUAGUAACGAAGAUGACGAUGAGAUCAGUGCUGACCAUGAUGAGGAUGGGGAGGACAGCCCCACACAUCCUACAGACUCCACAGCAGGGAACGCUGGAUGGGCAGACGCCAUGGCCAAGAUCCUGGGGAAGCAGGUGGCAAGCAACAAGCAGACACCAAUCUUGGUGAAGAACAAAGAAUUUGAGAAAAGGAAAGAAAAAGAAAGGGAGGAGAAAAAAGAACAGACAAAAAAGGCUGGAGUAAAGAGACAAUGGGAAGAGAUGGGCAGAGUGAAACCUGAUGUUGCAGAGAAAGAAAGGGAAAGGGCACUGCAAAGAAUAGCAACAAGAGGUGUUGUGCAGCUGUUCAACGCUGUUAAGAAGGAACAGAAGACCAUCCAGGAAAAACUGCAGGAGGCUGGACCAACAGAGAGUAAGAAAGCCAAGGCAAUGUCAUCAAUCAGCAAAGGUUCGUUUCUGGAUAAACUCAAGGAAACAAAAGCAGCAGGUGCACCAAGUGGAACAAUGGAAAGAAGAAAGGACAACCAACUUAAUAAGGGGAAGGUGCCAGACAAGGAUGAGCCGUCCUGGAAGAUUUUGCGAGAUGAUUAUAUGAUGGGCUCCAACAUGAAGGACUGGGACAAGGAGAGUGAUGAAGAGGAGGAGGAGAGGAGUGGAGAGGAGGACUUAUCUAGUGGAGAUGAGGACUAAACCAUAAAAUGGAAACCUUCCAAACAUGGGCAGAUUGUGUACUUUGUAUGGUGUAAUAUGGUUGUAAAUGUAUUGUACAUCCAGUAUGGUUGUAAAUCCAGUACUUUAAACAUCUAUAUCUAUUUUAACAUCUGUAAAACCUACAAUAUAUACAUAUAAUAGUUCCCAAAAGACCUCAUCACAGACACACACACACCUUUUGCAAAGGUGUAAUUUUGACAAAAUAUCAUAUUUUUGUACAACUUUUCCCUGUAAUAACAAUCAAAACAUCUUGUUAAUUAAUGUGUAAAUCUACACAAUACUAUGCACUGUUUUCUAUGAUAGGUGGGAUGCAUAGAACACUUUACACUAUGUGUCAAAGUUUGACCUAAGGUUCCAUAAGAGCCCUGUCUAUCAUAGUUGAAGUGCUCCCCGGUGACAGAUUGCUUCAGAACUUGACCUCUGCCCUGCCCUCCCAUGUUGAGGAGAGACCAGACCACACACCGUCUGUGUGACCUACUCUGAGGAAGUAACAACCCCCUCCUGUUUUCCUCUCCACUUCCUUUUAGGAUAACCAAGGCUUGCUUGUGUUCCUGUAGAACAUUUCCUUUUGAUAUGAACAUGUCAAUAUUUCCACAACUACCUGGUGUAGAGUUCUUCCACUUAAGAUUUGUACAAAGCCUUGGAUUCAACAAUAGAAUUAUUCUAGUACAAUGAUGUCAGCUUUAUCUGAACAAGUUCAGUAUGUAGUUGUGAACUGUGAAAAUCUUUUAAUCUUUAAUUUUAUUAAAUGUUAUUAUUCCACUUGGAAUACACCUUUGGGCUUUCUUGAAAAGAAACUUAUUUCUUGAAUCUGAGACUUGUCCUGUCAGCAACAUUGUUGAAAUGUAAAUGGAGGACAUCCCAAGAACCAAGCUACAUGUACUUCUCAAAUCUGCUUGAUAGAGGAGAUGACACUGGGAAAUAUUUUAGAUCUAUGCUCAAAUUGCAGUAUUACCAAA